UAGCGGAAGUGGUGGCGUGCAAGCGUGGUAUGGGCGAGGAAGGGAGGAGAGAUUAAAGCGAGCAAGGGAAGGGAUGCGAUGGGCAACACAGAUCCACUCCUUGCCCUGCGUCACCGCCCGCAGAUCUCAUGGUGGACAUCGUCGACUACCGCGGCCGCCCCGCUAACAGAUCCACCUCCGGCGGCUGGACCUCCGCUCUCUUCAUCAUAGGGGUGGAGAUAGCUGAGAGAUUCGCAUUCUACGGGAUAUCAUCCAACCUGAUAUCCUACCUCACCGGCCCGCUCGGAGAGUCGAUGGCGAUGGCGGCGGCGGCGCUCAACGCGUGGAACGGCGUGGCGUCGAUGCUGCCACUCUUGGGGGCCUUCGUCGCCGAUUCCUACCUGGGGCGCUACCGAACCAUCGUCAUCGCCUCUCUCCUCUACAUCCUGGGUCUAGGCACGCUGACACUGUCAUCUAUGCUACCUAUCUUCCAUCCGGCGAAAUGUGGAACGGCUUGCCCACCUCCUCGGCUCCAAGUGGCCUUGUUCUACGUCUCCCUCUACCUGGUGGCAAUCGCCCAAGGAGGCCACAAGCCCUGCGUCCAAGCCUUCGGCGCGGACCAGUUCGACCAGAACGACCCCCAGGAACGCGUCGCCAGGAGCUCCUUCUUCAACUGGUGGUACUUCGGAAUUUGCUGCGGCGUCGUGGUCACCCUCGUCAUCCUCAGCUACGUCCAGGACAACAUCGGCUGGGGCCUUGGGUUCGGAAUCCCCUGCAUCGUUAUGCUGUUUGCCCUCGUGUUGUUCGUGCUCGGAACCAGGACUUACCGCUUCUGCCUCUUGCAAGAGGAGAGCCCCUUCGCUCGGAUCGGCAGAACGCUCGUCGCAUUGGCAAGAAAGAGGCUGGGAAAACUUCCCAUUACCGAACUGCAAUCCGACGUCGAACGUGUGGAGGAGACGAAGGGGCUGUUUCGACUGUUCCCCAUAUGGACGACGUGUUUGAUCUACGCCGUUGUGUUCGCGCAGUCCUCAACUCUGUUCACCAAGCAAGGCGGUACAUUGGACAGGAGGAUCAGCUCCAAGCUUCAGGUGCCGCCGGCGGCGCUGCAGAGUUUUAUCAGCGCCUCCAUCAUCGUCUCCAUCCCCAUCUACGAUCGUAUCCUCGUCCCUGUGGCUCGGAAGUUCUCCGGGCUUCCUUCCGGCAUCACCAUGCUGCAGAGGAUUGGCACCGGGAUGGCUCUGUCUCUCAUCUCCAUGGUGAUAGCGGCUCUGGUGGAGAUGAAGCGGCUCAAAACUGCUCGAGAGUUCGGUCUGGUGGAUCAGCCCAACGCUAGGAUUCCGAUGAGCUUGUGGUGGCUGGUGCCUCAGUAUGUUCUUUUCGGGGUUGCAGAUGUCUUCACCAUGGUUGGCCUGCAGGAGUUCUUCUACGACCAAGUCCCUGACGCAUUGAGGACCCUGGGGCUGGCUCUCUAUAUUAGCAUCUUCGGCAUCGGCAGCUUCAUCAGUGGAUUCCUGAUCUCUGUGAUCAACAAAACGACGAGCAGAGGUGGAGAGAGCUGGUUUUCCAACAAUCUGAACCGUGCUCAUCUCGAUUACUUCUAUUGGCUUCUUGCGGGGCUCAGCAUGAUCGAGCUAGUUCUCUACGUGUACUUUACGCAAGCUUACGUGUAUAAGAAAAAGCAGGAUACUGCAGUCAUGUAGUUUAUUUUCCAGGUCGAUUAUAUAAGGUAAGAAUGAUGCUGCCGGCAUGUAAUAUAGUUUCCGGGGCUUCAAUAAAUUGGACGCAUUGUUACAGUUC